AAACGUGGCUGUGCGUAUUUGGUCGUCCCGGACUUUCUCCGCAAUUGUGGGGUACGACGAUUCGCCACCGUGCUCGUCGGAUAAUGUCAAAAAAUCGUCCCCACACGCGGUCGGAAUUGUGCUUGUUCGACCGUGGUUUUUCUAAAAUUUGCAGUAUUAAAAUACGCAUCGGUGAUGAACUUCGUAGUUAAAAGUUUAGCAGUAUUAAUCGCGAUCCUAAGUGCACUUGUGGGUGUGUAUUAUGGUAACGGCCGAUCUUUGUCGUCGCUACCGACCGACUUGAGAUCCAUUACGGGAUAGAUUGCCGAGACCGUUUUCCAAAAUGAAACCGUCAACGAACAAAUUAGAAAGAUGCCGAGCGUAGCACAUGAGGCGACUACGCCUUUCAAGAAGGCGACAUUUGGAAUGGGCUGUUUUUGGGCAAACGACGCCCUGUUCGGUGCACAGCGAGGGGUCCUGCGUACCAGGGUUGGAUAUUCGGGAGGUACCACCCCGAACCCGGUAUAUAAAAACAUCGGAGAACCGUCGCAAUCAGUCGCCAAAGACGAAAAUCCUAGGGGGGACCAUACUGAAGUAGUCGAAAUCGAUUACGACCCAAAAAUCAUCAGCUUUGAGGAUCUGCUAGAGCUAUUCUGGAACAAUCACGAAUACGGGUUCACAACAGUAAUUAAGAGACAGUACAUGUCCCUAAUUUUAUACCAUGACGAAGAACAAAAAAGAGUAUCCGAACUAUCGAUUAAAAUAGAAGCGGGCAAGAGGAAUGACAAGGUGUUAACAGAAUUGGCCCCUGCAGGACCAUUCUACCAGGCGGAAGACUACCAUCAGAAAUAUCGGUUACAAAAGCAUCAAUGGAUUUUGGAGGAGUUGGGCAUAACACCCGACUUGUUGCAAAAGUCCACCGUCGCCACCAAACUAAACGGGUACAUCGCGGGGGUUGGAACCCCGAAAAACUUCGAAGAAGACGUCAAAUCGCUAGGCAUUCCAGAUAAAAUCGCCAGUUUCGUGAAGAUUCAGCUACUCGAAAAUGAAGGGGGAAGCCUUUACUGCUGACGAGCGAACAAAGAUUUGUGGCACAUAAUGGGGAUAAUCGAAUCCGUUAAUUUCGAUCAACAAAGUCGAUUUCGAACAAUAUGUUGGGCCAAACUUAAUAUUCCCCCUUCAAGCGGUAAU